AGCUUGACACUGACCAACCCAGCUGGUUUGUUUUCUUUUCCUGAAAAAUUUUCAUCCUUGAGCGUCGAUUUUUAUACAAUUCAAAAAAUAAUUCAUGCAAAAUGCAAUUUUACAUAAAAGAAGUGUAAAAUAUAUCUAGCAGUGUUAUAUAAUGUGUUUUCCAAGUGUAGUUUUUGUGUUUUUACUUUGAAUAAGUGAAGCUGGAAACGGGUGGCACGUUGCCCAUUGCAGACAGCCUAAAAUAACAAUUGAACGGCAUUUUAUGAAUUUGUGCUUCGAACGCAGACAAUAAAAAUUUAAACUAUCGAUUUUCUACGAUACCUCAUGAAAGAUGCACCUCAACCACGCCACUGCAAUGGCUAACUACCAACAUUACCCGCCACCUCAAAUAUCAACGCAUGGUGGCACGCCCACCACAGUACAGCAGCAGACUACUAUAGCGACGGGCAGUACACCAUUUACAUUACAUCAAUUGACUGCUGUACAAGCUAUACAACAUCCAACGCAUCAGGCUAUGCUACACCCGCAACAUCCGCUGGUGCAUUUACUUGAUAUUUCUACAACAAAUACACCGAAUCCAACACCUGUGCCGCCAACGAAAGUGGAGUUACCGGAACCCGAACCGAUUGAAGUGAAAGUAGACGAUCCGCGCAAGAAGAAGGAAUGCCACGUCUGCAAGAAUAAAUUUCGACAGUUAACUACUUUGCGCAAUCAUAUGAAAAUCCAUACCGAUGAGCGGCCGUAUAAGUGUAAGCAUUGCGAUCGAGCCUUCCGCCAAAUUUCAACGCUCACCAAUCAUGUGAAAAUUCAUACUGGCGAAAAACCGUUCACAUGCACUAUAUGCGCAAAAGAUUUUCGCCAACAAAGUACACUAAUCAACCACAUCAAGACACAUAAAGAAUCGAGUACCCCAACCUCAUUGUUGAAUUAUCAGCCGGGUAGUAAACUAAAUCAUCGCAAUUCGAAAUUGGCUCAAAAUCAAAUGGUAGACUAUCAAAAUCGAUCCAUAACAAAAACCCUUUAUACUGGUAGCUACAGCUCGCCGCAGGCCGAGGAGCUGGUCAAACCGUAUCAGUGCAAUGUAUGCAAAAGACGAUUCCCACAACUAAGUACACUACAUAACCAUGAGCGAACACACAUCGAUCCCAAGCCGUAUAAAUGUGACACAUGUGACAAGUCCUUCAGUCAACUGGCCACUUUAACCAAUCACAAAAAGAUUCAUACCGGUGAUAAGCCAUAUGCCUGUUCCUUUUGUUCCAUGCAAUUUCGACAGCAGAGUACUCUAACCAACCACAUGAAGACACACACCACAGCUUUUAUUUAAAUUUACACGCAAACAGCCGUCAGCAAUACGCAUGCAGUGCCAACCACAACAACAACAAUGGCAGCCCCACAUGGACUCAAUCACAUGACCACAUCAAGUCUUGUAGCACAUGGAGAACAUCCACCACUCAAUAACAUGGUACAUCAACAAUUGCAAGCCGAACAUCCACUUUUGCAUUUUCUCGAUAGCAACACCACAGUAAGCACCAUUGCGAAGGAGCCAUUCAAUCCCAACACCAGUCGUCGUUUCAAAAACGAGGCCGAUAGCUUAAUGCUAGAGAGUCCGGAUCGCCCAUUUCCAUGCGCCAUUUGCCGAAAGGCCUUCUCACAACAAAGCACUUUGGCUAACCACAUUAAGACGCACACCGGCGAAAAGCCAUAUAAAUGCAAAGUAUGCGAGUCGAACUUUCGACAACUGUCCACCUUGAAUAAUCAUUUAAAGAUACAUACUGGCGAAAAGCCCUACAGCUGUUCCUAUUGCCCUAAGCAAUUCCGGCAGAAAAGCACUCUUAUUAAUCAUGUCAGAAUUCACAAUUGUUAAAAUGGCCAUGCAAAUAAUUAUCCAAUAAUAAGCAUAACGACGUUGGUGGACCAAAAGCUAUAUGAAGUAAUAAUCAUAAUAAUAGAUGUAUUGGCUAACUAGCCCAAUUGGAAAAUUGGAAAUAGCAGAUAACCAUAACCCACACAACCAAUAAACAUAGAUAUAAAUGGCAUUAUCAGCAUACCUACCACACGUGCUACCAUGGGUGGUAGAAACAAUGGAAGUAAGCAAACACCAUUGUUAUUUCGGUGUUCAAUAACUAUAACCAGCUGCUAAACGUAAUGAGUUACCUACCUGCUGUGCAAUAUGUAUUGUCCAUGUAAAUUUAUUAUAUACUAAAGAGCUGCUUGAGUAAGUGCGAAUGCGUAAGAUAACAACAGCAUCGCAGAUUUCGGAAAAAUUGCUUGAUGGCAUACAAUUAUUCUGUAUGCCAUAAAAUAUAGGGAUGUUGCAAUAGUAAUUGUUAGUAUUUCGUCAUAAAUUUUUCACCUCUCCUAUUUGUGCUUUGAGGUUAAAUAAUUAAUUUUGAUUUGCAGUACUCUCCACCGUAAAACUUAUUUUAUUUUUAUUUUCUCAUCUUCCGUUAGUUACGUUAAUAUUUAACAGUUCAUUUUGGUGUUAACUGUACUUGCUUGUUUUUGGAAUUCCAGUGUAGUCUUUUAUGACAAGUGCUCAAAAGUAAAACCCAAGUUGAAUAUUUUAGGAAAUGAUCUAUUAGCAAAAUGUUAAAUUUUUUUAAAUUUCUGAUAAUAGUAGUUCACAAAAGUUUGCAGAUCAAAUUUUUGAUCUAUUUAAUUUCGUUAUUGUAUGGAGGCCGUGAGUAAGUGACAGUCAAAAUGCGGUGUGGCAAACCAAUAACUGAGAUAGUUAAGAGAGAAGCUUUGAGCAAAAUCGAAAACACUUUAUUUAGACAUUUUAUAUAAUAACUGCAAAGCUUUUGUAUAGUGUUUAUUGUUAAAAUAUCCUCAGCCCUACAAGUGAGGUUAACUAAUAACCAAAAAGCGGAAAUGAUUUACCCAGCAAGUCACGCCUACUCGAAACUUCAAUACAUUGGAAAAUUUUAAUGAAACCAAUACAUACACCCAUUGCAUCGCAUUAUACAUUUGAUUAAGAAAGGGAUGAACGCUCACACGUACACGAGAGUUUCAUUUAGAAUUGUAAAUUGGGCUUCAAAAACUCAUAGAAACUUUAACAGAAAUUUCCGGUAAUUAACAUGAUUUUACAAAAGCUGACUUGCAGGGUAAAAAUGCAGUUUGCAAAUAUUUCAAAUUUUAGAACAAGAUUCUGCAAAUUCGCUAUAUAGUUCAGUGAGAAUUUAGGUUAUAAGUUUGACUUUUAGAAAUUUAUAACGAACAGAAAUUCUUUUUAAAAAAUAGUCGCUUACAAACUACGAACCCUGUAAUUUGUAGAAAAUAAGAAAAGGAGGAACUUAUUGACUAAAUACAUUUUAAAUGUUUUUUUUUUUUAAUAUUUGAAGAUUUAUUUUCAGUAUUUCAAGGUUAAUUUUAAAUCUUUGAAGUUUUUUAAAUAUUUCGUGCUUUGUUUGUGUAAACCUUUAGCAAAAAUGACUUAAAUUAAAAAAUAAGGUUUUCAGUGCAAAUCAAGUAGAGAUCUCUCGGAUCGGAAAAUUUCCUCAAAUAACGAAAGCAUUUUCAGCAUAUUUAUAACGAAAGUUUUUCCACUGUUACAACAACUAUUUUUCCUGCGGUGCCAUGAAAAUCAUUUCUUUUUCGUGAUCGACAUCUGCGAAUUGCCGGAAAUGAUACAAUUUCCCUUACUCUUGCAUGUCUCUGCUAUAUACAUACACAUACAGGGUGUUCUCUUUUGUUUCAAAAAAGUUCGCUUCUUGUUUGUGCGGAUGUUUUCGACGAGCAAAAAAAAAAAGGUAAAAUAAAAUAAAGUUAAAUUAAAAAGAACAAGCAAAUUAUAUUUAACAUGCAUAAUUGUACUAUUACGUAUAAAACCAAUUAUAAUGUGCGUAGAACAAAAACGUUUAAUAAAAUUCAUGUAGAAUAAAGCGAUAUUUGUAAGCAGAAAAUA